UCACAAUUGACAAUGCUUGACAGUUCACGGAGUUUGACAAAGUUAGAUUAACUCUUGAGGGGGUACGUUUUGUGCAAUUACUGAAUUAUUUUCAGCUGCGUUGUAUUUAGAAUGAUCGAAGUGUAAAGUGAAUGAACUACAUAACAAUUGUUUUAGUGACAUGGACCAUUUAAUUUUUCAGAGCCAUUUCUGCACUGCAUAAAGAGAAUUUGUCCAAAUGUUCAGUCUUCACAAUUGCUGCGUUAUUUACCACAUCCCUUCUGAUUGCUCAAUAUGGAUCGUCGCUUAGCUUCAACGCGUUCCCAUCCACAUCACAUUGUUAACAAUAAUCAUCACAACGCUUCUCAACAGCAACAGCAUAUUGGUAGACCUGUAUCAACUAUAGACGCUGCAACUGCUUGCGAUGCAUUCGAACAUUUUAUACGCGCAAACACCCUCAAAACAAUUUUGGGCACUUACCGACACAUUUGCGAUUUGUUACAUCUCAGGCCAAAUAUCCUACCUCUUUUCUAUCCAAAGCUGAAGUCUUAUUUGACGUCCUGGAAAGCAAAGGCACUGUGGAAAAAAUUUGAUGCCAGGGCCAAUCACAAAUGUUAUGGUGGAAGUAAAAUCUGUCCUGGAACUAGAGUACUUAUUAUUGGUGCGGGGCCUUGUGGUCUUAGGACAGCGAUCGAUGCUCAACUAUUAGGAGCUAAAGUUGUAGUUGUAGAGAAGCGUGAUCGACUGUCGCGAAAUAACGUCCUCCAUUUGUGGCCUUUCGUAAUCGAAGACCUACGAGGUCUUGGAGCGAAAAAGUUUUUCGGAAAAUUUUGCGCAGGCGCUAUCGACCAUAUUAGUAUCAGACAAUUGCAAUGUAUUUUGUUAAAAGUUGCGCUUCUUCUUGGCGUCGAAGUUCAUACCGAAGUGAGCUUCGAAAAAUUAGUUGAACCCAAUGACAGCGACAAGAUCGGUUGGCGAGCAGAAUUCAAACCUUCCGAACAUCCUAUAUCCCAGUACGAAUUUGACGUAAUAAUUGGUGCUGAUGGGAAAAGAAAUACUUUACAAGGUUUUCAAAGAAAUGAGCUCCGAGGUAAACUGGCUAUUGCAAUAACGGCAAAUUUCAUUAACUACAAAACAGAAAUAGAAGCACGCGUACAAGAAAUCAGCGGUGUGGCAUAUAUAUUCAAUCAAAAGUUUUUUAAGGAUCUGAAAGCCGAAACAGGAAUUGAUCUCGAGAAUAUCGUCUACUACAAAGACGAGACUCAUUACUUCGUUAUGACUGCUAGAAAGCAGAGUCUCAUAAACAAGGGUGUAAUAAUGCAGGAUUUUAUGGAUACCGCUAAAUUGCUUGCACCUGAAAAUGUAAAUAGAGAAAAGCUAAUGAGUUAUGCUAGAGAGGCUGCCGACUUCAGUACAAAUUAUCAACUGCCCGAUUUACAAUUCGCAGUGAAUUACUAUGGAGAACCAGAUGUGGCUAUGUUCGAUUUUACCUCAAUUUAUGCAGCAGAAAAUGCCUCAAGGGUUGUUGAAAGAAAUGGAUACAGACUGUUGAUGGAACUCGUAGGAGAUAGUUUACUUGAGCCGUUUUGGCCGACAGGUUCGGGCUGUGCUAGAGGUUUUCUUUCAUCCAUGGAUGCCUGUUGGGCUAUUAGAGCAUGGGGCUCGGGUAUUUCGAAUCCAUUAGAAGUUGUCGCUGAAAGGGAAUCAAUUUAUCGAUUAUUAGGUCAAACAACUCCCGACAAAUUAAAUAAAGACUACAAAUCGUACACGAUUGAUCCUACAACAAGAUAUCCAAACUUGAACAAAAAUCUAUUAGUCCCUCGUCAGGUGGUUUGUCAUUAUGAUUCCGACAACCCUGCUGUUAUCGAUGAAAUGCUCGGACCCCCAGGGGGAAUGAUCGAGUCUUCGGAAGAUCUCGGAAAAGGUCGACAUAAACUACAGCCUGAGGUUCACAGAAAAAGAAGGAGAAGAGAUACAAACGUGGAUCCGAAUACUCUCCUCAACUGGGUUAAAGAGCAAGUUCGCGAAUAUGAUCUAGAAGUAGAAGACAUCACAAAUUCGUUCAAAGAUGGACGUGUUCUUUGUGCAAUAAUACACCAUUACAGGCCUGAUCUUUUAGAUUAUAGUGUAAUUAAAGCUCAAGACGUCGAUAAAAACAAUCAACUAGCUUUUGAUUUAUUAGAAAAAGAAAUAGGAAUUCCCCCUAUUUUAACAGGAGAGGAGAUGGCUAUUGCCGAAAUUCCGGACUACCUCACCAUGCUGUCGUAUUUAACACAAAUUUACGAUACGUUCCGUGUUGAAAUUCCUCACAUCAAAUAUCCAAAGUUGGAACUGCCAGACAUCAAGAUUAGUGAUAGGACUCCACAAAAAAGUUAUUCCAAAUUCAGCUUCCCCAAAGCUGAGCAAGCAAAAGAAUCAAGUCAUGCUCUCCCUGUUGUUAGCAGGUCCAAAAGACAUGUUGACACAAUCUCUAACAAAACAUCAACAAGUGAUUCAAAGAGACCAAAAAAGCGGAAAUCGUUUGAGAAAAUAGGCGCUACCAUGGACACUUUUGGAAAACUUCUUAGUAAAGAAGUUUUGUUACAGAAACUGCUAGAGUCAGCAUUAGUUUGUAUUAUUUUAACUUUAUUGGACUUGCUUAUUAAUUAUGACACCAUUAAGAAGUUGCAAUGGUGUAUUGCANAGGUAGUUAAUAAAGAAAAAGAAAAGGUUCCGAAAUGGAACAGGGAGCAAUUCUUAGCACGCCAAACAAAGAUGGAGAAAAAGGGUAUUAUUGGUAGACAAGAAAGUGUAGAAGCAAGGUUUACUGAAUUUGACAAAAGUAUCAAGCAGUUGGAUCAAAAACUCAAAGAAGGAUCUGUAAGAGAACUAGGACAAAACAAAGUCGCAUCUAUUACAGAAAAGUUAACUAGCAAAAUCCCUGAAAACGAAUCAAAGCCGAUUGUCAGAACUAAUUCAAAACCUGCAAUUCCUACCCAAGGAGGUUCAGAAUAUUGCCACUUCUGUCAAAAACGUGUUUAUUUAAUGGAAAGGUUAUCUGCCGAAGGUAAAUUUUUCCAUAGGGGCUGUUUUAGGUGUCAAUAUUGUCACACAAGUCUUCGCUUAGGAUCAUAUUUAUUUGAUAAGGAUGGUAGGUACGGUAAUAGAUUCUAUUGCUCACAACAUUUUGGAAUGCCCGGGGAACUCUAUUCCACCAAAAUCGGACGAAAGGCCUCGCAAAAAAUUGUUAGGGAUAAUGCGCCACAACUUGAAAAGUUGCAAAUGCCAACAAGUGGAGUGUUAGGAGUCGAUUUGCUAGAUAGAGUUAAAACACCAGAAAGAGUCGAAUUUGCAAACUUAUCUACCGGUCAUUUGUCUUCUGAUCAUGAAGAAUCGUUUAGUCAAAUGGAUGAAGAUGAAUGGACGGAUAGGAAUUUCGGAGCUUCUGCAGCAGAAAUAAGUGAAGAUGAAUCGUCAUCCAGUGAAAGUGAUUCUGAAUCCGAUAACGAGGAUGUUUAUGAGGAAGCUUUAGAAGAACCAGCUACCAAAGAAGGUACUUUACGAUGGGUAGAGCGUUGCCUUCAAAGAUAUUCUCGCGACAGAGGUGAUGAAGAUUCAGUGGACGACGAUGAAUACAGCAGCAGUUCAGAACACUCCAGUUAUUAUGAAAAUAGUAGUGGAGAUGAAGAUGAUGACACUGCAACUGAAGGUGAAGAAGAAAUCCUUGCACGGCAACUUCGAAAACAAGAAGUUUGUUUGGAGCCACCUGUCGUUCAAACAGAUACCGGCUCCGAAACUGAGAUUGUCUCCGAUGAAACCUCGUCCGAAUCGUCUGGAAAAGGACAAAAUUCUGCUACAGAAGUAUCCACCGAUUCUGAAUUUGCUUUGGAUGAUCCCACACCUACACGUGAGCGCCCACCAAUAAGUUUCAGUGAAGUCAAACAUAAAAAGCGAUGGGCUACUCAUCACGUCCCACCGAAAAAAGUACAGGUUAAGUCUGGCAUGUUACAAAUUCCUGUAAACGGUAGUAAAACGAAAGUGCACGAGAAAAACCGAGGCAUCGAACUGGAAUUCACACCUCUUGUACCUUCACCAGUGUUACCGAAACCACCUGCACAGUCACUGUUUCCUAGGUCGGAGGGUUACGCUCUCAAUCGCACUCAAAGCACCGGCGGUAUAGCAACUAAAGUUAGUUUGGAACUAAAAAAGAAGUAUUUGCUUGGUGACAAUGGUGGUCCCGGAACUAUUCAGAAGUCUGGAAGUGUUUCCGCUCUUGACUCAAAACUGAAAUCAUUUCAUAGCAAUAUUUCCGAUUGCCAGAAGUUACUGAAACCUGCCUUGGAAGUUAGUUCUAGCAUGCAAAUUUUCUGUAACAAAAUGGAAGAAAGAAAAUCACCUUUAUCUCCAAUUUUUUCACAGUCAAGUCCAAUGAAUGAAAAUGGAAAAUCUAAGCCUCCAGAUUUAGUAGAUCUCACUCUUUCUUUGACAGAGAAAACAACUUUAGAAACAGAUUUAGUCAAAAACACACCCUGCUUAACAAUGCAACCAGAUAUAACAAAAUGUACCGAAAGAGAACAAAAGGCUACAAAUGAAGAACCAAAAAUAGCAUUUGAACAUGAACUCGAAGGUCGACCACGUAGUCCUGUGAAAGACAUACCAAUAAUUGUUCCUCAAAUUGAUUGGACAAAAAAGAAACGUAAUAUGAAAUUUGGUGAUGAUAUAUACGUUGAUAGCUUAACAUCCGAAAGUGAAAACGAGAGGAACCGUGGUAACAAGACUAUUAAUAUUCCUCGACUUGAGAUACAUGAUGAUUUUGGAAAAGUUCUUCCAAACAAUGAAGAAGAAAUAGCUCAAGACAGCUUAUGCGUUGUAGAAGACAAAGAUAAAGCCAAUGUAGAAGAAUCUGUUCCCGAAAUGAAAUCUAAAAAAUUGUUGAAUCAACCAAAAACCUUACCGGAUUUAGGUACAAAUAUUCUUUCACAAUUUCAUAGUGAAUCUCAUGAAAAAAAAUAUUCCCCAGUUUGUAGCACUCCUUCUGAGCAUGAUUCUUUAAUUGAACAAAUAACUGCAGCUAUGACCGAAACCGAGUUGUCAGAUUGGGCGCGAGAUGGAGUAGUUUCUGACGAUUUGGAAGACGAUUUCGAUUUCAAUUCAAGUUGUAAAAUGCCUAACCACAUCACUACCAGAAAAACUAUUAAAAACGAGAUAGGCUCCAAAACCAAUAAAAAUGAACAUCAGGAAGCAUUCUUUGAUAGUUUGAAAAAUAUUCAUAAUUCCGACUCCGGCAGUAUCGAAUUCAUGGACAAUGGAGUCGAAAGUAGUAGCGAUGAACGUGAAUUAUAUGAAACUAGACAUAAAAAUAACGGUUAUAUUCAUUUGCAAGAAGAAGACGAUAUAGUACAAGACAGUCUCAAUAUUUACGAAAGUCUUCCAAAAAAAAUUAUCGAAUCUAAAAAUCAUCAUGUUGUUCAAUCGUUAGAUUACAAUUGUUUAUCAACAACAGAUAAUAAUACAGGGUAUUGCUUCUUUGGAAACGAGGACUCCCAUAAAGAAACAACGGAUACUAAAGUACCUGAAAAGAAAUCAAUGUGUGAAAAUAUCGACAACUUAGUUGUAACCGAACAAACAACAACGGAUGAAAACAGCAUUAGUAAUUCCACUAUUAAAAAUAUAACCGAAAAGGAAUAUAGUUUACACGACAAGGAAUAUCUUUUUCCAACUAAAAGUGUUAAACAAAUCACGUCGAAUGAAAAGUUACAAGAAAUGAAUAUAGAAGUAUUUCCCAAGGAAAGUUUACGUAAUGAUGUUAUCGAAUUAGAAGAAAUAGCAAUGGAUAAAAAAUGUAAAAAUUCGAUUCAAGUGGAUGAAAAGGAAGCAUCAAUUGACGUUUUCAUACAAAAUUUGAAUGAUGAAGAAUAUCAGGAACACUGCCAACGUCUACAAUCGAAAAUAGGUUUUGGAAAUGUACGCGAUUCCAUUGAUAUUCGCAAAUCAAAACGCAAGGAAAAAAGUGAUUCAAUUCCUCAGCAAACGUCGAUUGCGGAAGAGAAAUUAAAAGAAGAGGUCACUCCCCUUCCAUUCACCUCCCGUUUAAAAAUGCCCGGAGCACUCUAUAGUAAAGAAGAAAUUAAAAAAGAAAGAGACGAAAAUCAAAAGUUAAUCCAAGAAAUGGUUCUUAACAAAAUGAAAGCUCAAAAUAAGUCACUAGAAAGAAAAAAGCGAAAUAAAACGUCUUUGAAUCCUUUUCAGUUAUGCAAAUCUGCCACCAUCGAUAUUGUUUGCCCCAGAAAAGAAUCAAAAAAUUCAUGCAAUACUCCUGAUGUGCUUCUUUCAACCGUAGCCGAUACCAAGAAUGGACUGAAUGAAAAUAAUCAAAAACUUGAUCUUCACUCAAAAACCCCUCAAAAAAGUCAAGAAAUUUUAAAAGAGGUUCAAAAAACAGCCGAGAAAAUGAAGCAUGAUGCUAAACACAGAGCACAACUUAAAUCUGACAAGGACUUUGGACUUAGUCCCGAAGAUAAACUUCAAAAACUUCGCCAAAAAUACUUUUCGGACAAAGAAGCUCUGCAAGUUGAACGACCUACUUCAUUACUUUAUACCAAUGAUACAUUGAAAAAGAAAAAAAAUAAUUCCAAGGAGAAAAUGGCGAGAACUAAAUCAGUUUCAGAAAUAUCACGACCUUUAACUAUGUGCAAAUCUUUUGACAUAAUAGCCGAUGAAAAAUGUGUGGGAAUAUGUAGAUCAGAUCCAAAUCUACUUCACGAAACUACAAAGAAAACUAAAAAGAAAUCGAAUAAUUUGGAGAAUCGAAAAAGUAUUACAAAACUAAUUUCUGACUUUUUUAACAAGAAAAAGGACGAAGUUGGAUCGCCGAAUAGUUCCAAAAGUUUUUUGUCGAGGAUUUCUUCCAGAACGAAAGAUAAAUCGAAGUCAUUAUCAUAUUUGAACCGAAGACAUACUGCUGAAAAAAUCUAUAACGAACCAGUGAGAAGUAAGAGUUAUUCAGAUGUGAUGAAUUCUAGAAACGAUCCAUCCCCACCUCCAAUUCCUCCAUUGCCUGUAAAUUAUACAGGAUGUCGAACAGACGAAAGCUCGGACGGGGAAUUCGAUCAUCGAGAGUUAACUCGGAAUUCUUUUGAUACUUUAUACCAAUCCAUUGGAGCUAGGCGUAGCAUUCGUAAUCGAAGAGCAUCAAAGCAAACUCAACUCAAACGACACCGUUUGGCCCAGGAAUUACAGCGGAAACUUGAGGAAGUGGAAGUGAAAACUCGACAAUUAGAAGAACGGGGUGUACUUGUCGAGAAAAAACUUAGAGGAGAAAUUGUCGAUAGUCAUGACGAAAGGGAUGAAUCUGAUUUGUUGGAGGAAUGGUUCGAUCUUAUGAGGGAUCUCAAUGAAUUGAGAAGAUAUGAAAGAGAAUUAACUGUUCGAGCUCAAGAAUUGGAACUGGAAGAUAGACAUGCUAGACUUCAGGUGGAAUUAAGAGAACGCCUAGAAAGCGAUGAGCAUAAAACAAAAGAAGACUUGAAGACUGAGAGCAGUAUUAUAAACGAAAUGAUGGACAUUGUUGCCAAAAGAGACUCUCUAGUUGUUUUGCUUGAACAAGACAGAUUAAGGUAUUCUGAAGAAAAUCGUGAUUUUGAAGAACAAAUGCUUGCAAGAGGGCUAAAACUAACGUCGAUUAAUAAAUCUACCAAAUAAUUAGGAAGUAAUUGAGCUUCGAUGGUUACUUUUUAUUGUGAUUUUAAAUUAAAGGUUGAAGCUUCUUCUUAAUAAAUGCGGAGGUACUUGAAGAAGUAGCCUAUUUUUAAAUAUUUCAAUUUUAUUUAUAUAAAAUUCAUGAGAGCAUUACAUAAAGCAGUUCACUAACUAGUCCAUUAAUUUAUAAAAAUUGACAUCAUUAUUAUUAUUAUUAUUGCUAUUAUAUCAAGCUCUUCUGGAUCCUACAUUAAAAUGUAUGAAAACCAAACGCCUAAGUAGAAAAUUUAUUUUUCUUAUAAAUUUAUAACAAAAUAUUUUUAUGUACAGAAAUUUUUUUGUUCUGUGAAUGCAGUUACUUAAUAUUGUACUAAUGUAAGUGUGAAUAAAAUAGAGCUUUUUGUAUGAUA